UUUUAUUUACCGCGCGUCAUUCCACGCAAGGUCAUUGCUCACAGAUGGAAAUAGCUAGGGGACUACAUUGAUGUAAUGAAUUCGUCAGCAACUGUAGAUGCCCAUGUACUCUCUGUGUAUUCUGAAUCCCACUUAUAAAUAAAUGUUGUCUGUUAUUCAAAGUUUAUUUUCUCAUCAUAUUUUGCUUCAAAAUGUAUGUAUGUCUAUAUCUAUGACAACUCAAUAAAUAUAAAAUAACAUUGAACAAAUAAAAGUUAGUUCCGAUUGAUGAAUCGAUUAAUUAAAAUCAGACGAUUAUUUCGAACAUAUACAUUUUUACAUAUUUUUCUAAAAAUAAACAUUUUAUCAAUUUUCAUAUAUUUUCUUCUAACCAUAAUUAACAACUAUCGAUUUCCCAAUAUAAAUUAUCAUGCAUCUACUGUACGAGAUCGUGAAGAAUUACGUUUAGCUCAUCUACGCACAUUAAUGUACGAUUGGUACCAUCAAGGAAAAAUACCGUUUGUUUACCAACCACCACAAUCAUCGUUGUCAAUUUUAAGUAAUAAACAUGGUAUUGUCAUUAGUAUCAUGACGUCGAAUCGUGUUCAACAUCAAAUUGAUGAUUAUCAACCGAAUUACUUAACUCAGUCUUUAUCAACCUUAAUUAAACUAAUAUUUAAAGAUAUUUCAAGGUACGGUUACCGAUUUAAAUAUAUCAAUAUAAUGAUCUGUUUUAAUGGAACCAAAAUAAAUGAAUUGUCUAAUGUAUAUGAAAUUAUACGACUUGUUGGUCAGCAUGCAAUUCAUCCAUUACGCUCUAAUCAAUUAUCAACUUAUAGGAAUUUAUCUGUUAAUUAUCAAUUUGUGAAAGAUAUGUCAACCUGUAUGCUGAAAUCAGUUGAUUUAGUUAAAAAACAAGAACACAAUCAUAGUGAUUAUAUACUUAUCAUACAAGAGGAUAUGAUUGCAAUGGAUAAUUUAUUCGAUGUACUAUGGGGAUUAAUGCAACAAUCUAUGAAUAAUAUUCAUCAUGAUCAUCAUAGACUUGGUAUGAUCCAAUUGUAUUCACAUAAAAACGUAAUGAAAUUUCCAUUUUAUCAUAAAAUUGAUAGACAGUUAUUUGACUUAACAUUUACUUGCCUACUAUUUAUUACAUUCAUUGCAUUUUUUUUUUAUUUACGUGUAACAUUUAAGCAAUCAUCAUCACAAUAUGGAUUGUAUAAAUUCUAUUUAAUGCUUAACUUAUUCUUUACAUUGUUUACUUUAAUUUGGUUGUAUGGAUUGAAUAAUUUAUUGAUUCGAUUAUCUAAUUUAUUUAUCUCUCAUAAUGGUGUUUUUCAACUCAAAAGUCAAUCAUACUACGCUAAAACUGAUAUGAUUAUGGCUAAUUUAUAUUCAAGUAUACAAGUUAGACAAAUCGGUCAUUAUUUAAGAUCAGUUGCACCAUGUGAAAAUUCCUUAUGGUAUUUAAAACAGGAUGAAUCAAAAUGUGCUCAAUUGAUUACAUCAUAUCUUGUAUCAAAUGCUAAACAAAUAUUUAGUGUAUAUAUGAAUGUAUUUAAACAUUGUGGAUUGUAUUCGAAUGAAGAAAAAAGAAUGCUGAAUCCAGCUGAUGUCGAAUAACAUUAAUAGUAAUAGUGUGUUGUGUUUUUCUUGAAUGGUUCUUUGCUACCCAGAAACAGAUUAAAUUUUGUUGAGUUUUGUA